AUGCGGAUCAAGAAUGGCGAUAUGGCGGUCCAGGAGCUGGGCUCGACUGGAUACAAAAAUCGGGACGAUGAGGAUAUGGCAAAGCAGGGCAAGAAACAGCAGUUCGAGAGAAACUUUGGCUUCCUGUCAAUGUUGGGCUUCACAACAACGAUGAUGUGCACCUGGGAAGCAGUGCUUUUUGCCAACCCGACAUCGAUGAUUGACGGAGGCCCCGCUUCACUUGUUUACGGCUAUCUCUUCUGCUGGUUCGGCGCUCUAGUCACCGCAGCUUCGCUAGCCGAGAUGGCUUCAAUGGCUCCCACUUCCGCUGGACAAUAUCAUUGGGUUGCCAUGCUCGCUCCGAAAGGCCAAGCCGUCUUUCUGAGCUGGGUAACAGGAUGGCUGGACUUGAUCGGAUGGUGGGCCAACACUGCUGCGGGUGUAUACUUCGGGGCAACCGUCACUCAGGGCCUUUUGGUUUUGAAUUACCCUGAUUAUGGAUUUGAGCGCUGGCAUGGGACUCUACUCAUGUUUGCUGCAUUGCUCCUAUGUGUGGGGGUGAAUUCCAUUGGAGCAAGGCUUCUCCCUAAGCUGGAAGGUUUGAUUCUGAUUCUUCACAUCAUGGGGUUCUUCGCCGUCUUGAUUCCUCUCGUCUACCUCGCCCCACACAAAGAUGCCGAAUUUGUCUUUGGUACAUUCAUCAAUAGUUCUGGAUGGAGCAACUCUGGGUUGGUUUGGUUCAUUGGACUCAUGGGCACAAAUCUACCAUUUAUCGGCUACGAUGGUCCAUGUCAUAUGGCGGAAGAGGUCAAGAACGCGUCCGUCAUCGUGCCUUGGUGCAUGAUUGGCACGAUCCUUUUAAAUGGUACACUCGGGUUUGCAAUAGUCCUCGCGUUCCUGUUCUGUAUUGGAAAUAUGGAAGAUGCACUGGGCAGUGCGACUGGCUACGACUUCAUUGAAGUCUUCUGGAAUGCCACCAAGUCCCAUGCAGGCACAUCAGUCAUGGCUGCCCUUCCUACCGCGCUCGUGAUUUGCGCUUCGUUUGGAUUUUUGGCUUCAGCCUCACGCCUCACCUGGGCAUUUGCGCGAGACAAAGGAUUGCCCUUUUCCGAUUUCCUCUCCCACGUCAACCCACGCUCAGGCCUUCCAAUUCGCGCCGUUAUCCUCUGUGCGCUCAUCACGGCAUGUAUUUGCGUCAUCAAUGUGGGAUCUUCGGCUGCAUUCAACGCCAUUGUCUCAUUGACUACAGCUGGCCUCUUCCUUUCCUAUGAGAUAGCUAUUGUGUUGAUUGUGAUAAAGAAGAUUAAGCGAGACCCCAUCGCUUAUGGCCCCUGGACACUUGGUCCGCUCGGUCUCGUCGUCAAUAUCGCCUCGAUUUGCUUUUUGACUAUCACAGUCUUCUUUUCUUUCUUCCCCACGGAGCUUCCCGUCGUGCCAUCAAACAUGAACUGGUCUAUCGUUGUGUUCUCUGGUGAACUCCUCAUCGGGUUGAUCUGGUACGCCGUCUAUGGCAGGAAGGUAUACCAUGGCCCCAUUGUGGAGUCUGGUGUUAUUCCCAUGAAUGGCGAGGUUACUGUGGAAUCUGAAGAAUAG